AUGCACAAUCUACGGACAGGCACGGCGCCAGAACUUGGUCUGCCGGAAGACCGGUUCGAAGCUGCCGAGCCUCUAUGGUGGUUCCAUUGUCCGAAAUGUGGCACUUCUUUCAUCAACGCCUUGAUCAACUUGCCCGGUGUUUGUCCAGGAUUGGCACUGCACAGUGUCGAUAGCACAACUCUGGGCCCCUGUUUCGGUGUGAAUUUCACCACCAACGUGUGUCCAUCGUGGUGUCCGGGCAUGGAGUGUGUAUUUCCUCCACACCAGGCCCUCGGCAACUACACGGCCAAAAAAGGUAGAUUGGUGGGGUUGUUCCGUGACCCCGAUCAGCGACUGCUCUCAUUGUACCAUUCUUGGGGCAAUGGGCCUGGUUGUUUUGACUGGGCUGCCACUUUGAAGAACAUGACAAAGCCACCUUUCGUGGAGUAUGCAGACCUAAUGAAGGGGGGUAUGACGUACCAGCUAACGCAAGUGGACCAGCGAUCGACGACAGGAACUAUUCUCGACGUGCACCGGCCCAUGUCCUUCGAUGAUGCAAAAGAAGCGUCCCGACGAGUGAAGGAGGGCUUCGCUUUUGUUGGCCUUACGGAGGAAUGGGACAUGUCCAUCUGCCUUUUCCACAAGAUGUUUGGGGGACAUUGUCGUGCAGAAGAAUUUAUGGACAUUCGGCCAACGAGUUCAGCCAAGGAUGCUUCUGUGGACUAUGACACAUCUGAGCUCAUGGGGUUCCAUGAUGAUAUUGAUGAAGUUGUGUAUUCUGCAGCUUUGGAGGUGUUCAAGACAAACAUCGCCUUGUACAACGUGUCACAAGAUUCGUGUCGGUCCUGCUUUUCUGUCCGCUCCUAA